AUGAUUGGGCGCAGAGAGAGAGAGGGACCCUUGAUGAGGAACACCAGCACAAACUCACUACGCAAAUCCAGGGUCCUAACCGCAGUUGCAAUUGGCGUCCUAAUUGGAUGCGUCUUCGCUUUCCUGUUCCCCGAUGGCUUCUUCUUUUCUGACUCUGUUGCCGCUAAUCGCCACCUCCCUCUCGCGGGAUCCAAGACCCAGGAAAAUUCAGCUGGAUGUGAAUCCUCAGAUCGGGUCAACAUGUUAAAAUCAGAGUUUGUGGCGGUAUCAGAUAACAAUGCUGAGCUGAAAAAACAGGUGAGGGAAUUGACUGAAAGGCUUCGCCUUGCAGAGCAAGGGAAAGACCAGGCUCAAAAGCAGUUCCUUACACUAGGUAAGCAGCAUAAGGCUGGACCUUUUGGUACCGUAAAGGGAUUGAGAACCAACCCUACUGUUGUUCCUGAUGAGUCUGUGAACUCAAGAUUGGCAAAGAUAUUAGAGAAAGUUGCAGUUAAACGAGAGCUUAUUGUUGGACUUGCAAACAACAAUGUGAAGGAGAUGCUGGGGGUCUGGUUCACCAACAUCAAGAGAGUUGGCAUAACCAAUUAUCUAGUUGUUGCACUAGACGAUGAGAUUGCAAAGUUUUGUGAAUCAAAUCAAGUACCGGUGUAUAAAAGAGAUCCAGAUGAUGGUGUAGAUAACAUUGGAAGAACCGGGAGCAACCAUGCUGUCUCUGGUCUUAAAUUUCGUAUUCUGAGAGAAUUUUUGCAGUUGGGAUACAGUGUUCUUCUAUCAGAUGUUGACAUUGUAUAUUUACAGAAUCCUUUUGAUCAUCUAUACCGGGAUUCAGAUGUGGAGUCCAUGACCGAUGGUCACAAUAACAUGACCGCUUAUGGCUAUAACGAUGUGUUUGAUGAACCUGCAAUGGGUUGGGCUCGAUAUGCUCAUACUAUGAGGAUAUGGGUUUACAACUCCGGUUUCUUCUAUAUCAGACCAACAAUCCCUUCAAUUGAGCUUUUGGAUCGUGUUGCAACACGACUUUCAAAAGAGACUGCAUGGGACCAGGCUGUUUUCAACGAGGAACUAUUUUUCCCCUCACAUCCUGGUUAUGAUGGGCUUCAUGCUGCCAAAAGAACUAUGGAUAUGUAUCUCUUCAUGAAUAGCAAGGUUCUGUUCAAGACAGUGAGAAAUGAUGCUAACCUCAGCAAAUUGAAGCCAGUAAUUAUUCACGUGAAUUAUCACCCUGAUAAGCUUCCCCGAAUGAAAGCAAUUGUUCAAUACUACGUUGAUGGGAAACAGGAUGCUCUCAAACCUUUCCCUGAUGGCUCAGAUUGGUAA